AUGAGUAACUCGAGUGAAGUGAAUGUUAAAUUUAUCAUUGACACCGCCGAAGGAGGGAUUAUCAGUGACACCCACUCGCUGUCUCCUGUUGUAUCUGCUUCAGCCCCCAAGCCCGUGCCUCAACAAACUUCUGCCAGUUCAACCUGCCAAACGCGCCGGGCCGCAGCCCAGAACCCGACCUCCGUCAACAUCAGCCGAUCUCAUGACUUCGCCCGUUCCUUCGUCACUUUCCCUCUGGCAAACCUUCCAACUGCACGGCAUCGUCUCAAACUAGGCAACUACCUGUUGCUCCCAUACCGCCUGAAGUCUCAAACGACCUUCGAACGAUACCCGCCUCAGAGCUUCAGCGAUUACUGA